UUUCCUAACCAAAAACGUUAGACCAUGACACAAUAUUAUAUCUCGACGGUACACUACAAGUCCUAAAACUAUUACUCUACAUAGCCAUGGCCAAAUAGGUCACGCUUUAUUAGCUUGGAGUAAAUUCUCUUCGGACCUAGCACCUAGGCUAUUUGUUGCCCCUCCCUGGCGUAGUGGAGACUUGGAGAGUGGGUAGAAAGAAAGAAGAAGUGAUUCGUGCGCCAGUGCAGCCUUUGUUUUGGAAUAAAGUGCUUAGUGGGUGUUUCGUUUAUUUCGACAUCACUGCAGCUGUCAGGAAUUAUAAUUAAUAAAUCAGAUGUAAUUUAAUCACUAUCCCAAUGUAAAAUUUGACAAAGUGAAAAAGAGGGCGGAGAUUGUUGUCCAAUAUUUGUGACGAUCCUGAACUGCGUCGUUCUCCUAUUGUUUAAUUCUUCCUAAUUAAAUAAGAAAACAAGAUGCCGAUUUUAUACAGCGUAGUAGCUCGAGGGCCAACUGUUCUGGCAAAACAUGCUUCCUGUACCGGAAAUUUCGAAGAGGUCACAGAACAAAUUUUGGCAAAAAUACCUCCAACCAAUGAUAAAUUAACUUACUCCCAGGGCCCUUAUUUAUUCCAUUACAUUUGUGAAGAGCGAAUUAUUUACAUGUGUAUCACCGAUGACGAUUUUCAAAGAUCGAGAGCUUUCCUUUUCCUCAAUGAAGUCAAAAGAAGGUUUCAAGCUGUUUAUGGCGAAGGUGCCCUAACUGCAUUGGCUUACGCUAUGAACACUGAAUUCGGCAGAGUUUUGGCUAACGAGAUGAAACACUAUAGUGAAUCUAAGGAUAUUGAUACAAUUUCGAGAGUUCAUGGAGAAUUGGAUGAACUUAAAGACAUAAUGGUUAAAAAUAUCGAUAAUUUAGCGAUGCGUGGAGAACGAUUGGAAUUACUCGUCAAUAAGACGGAAAAUUUGUCAGCAAGUUCUGUUACCUUCAGAAAGACUAGCAGAAAUCUAGCGCGCUCUCUCUUUUGGAAGAAUGUCAAAGUUUAUGUCAUUAUAGCUUCUAUUAUAAUUGUGGUGAUCUACGUUAUCACAUCUGUAGCAUGUGGAGGUCCAUUGUGGUCAGAAUGUGUGAAACACGGUAAUAAUACAAAAAAUUGAAACGGUCCGCUCGAGAGCUCAAAAUGUUAUAUCAGUUUUUGGUGGAGUUAAAUCAUAUCCACGAACCCAUACUCUCUAUAAUCUCAACGAUUAAACCCGUGGCUCAGUUCCUGUUUGCAAUGUUCUUUAUCAAGAUUUCGACUGCACAGCAUACAUUAUUUUCAGGUGCAAUCGUUAUUAAAUCCAUAAAUCCAUACUAAACGUAUAGACUACCACACACAGGGAGUUAAACAAAACAAAAACAAUAAUAAAUCGGUACAUUUACCGGAAAAAGAAAUGUGUACAUAAAAUUUAUAGAAUGAAUCACUCGAUAAUACUUUUUCACCUAGAAAGCUAAUUCUGAUGAUUGAUGAUGAUAACGAUUCAUUUAGUUAGCUAAUAAGUCUGAAAAGUGCACGUUAUAAUGGACAUAUUUUGUUAUUGUAUUUUAUUAUCUUUCAUACACCUACGUACGAUUGUGAUGUCCAAUAUAGAUAGGGUACUUUAAAAACAUAUAGUUCUAUAUUUACUUGAAAAGAAACAUGUAUUCUAAUUUUUAAUGGACCUUUUUAUGAAAAAAAUAAAUAAAUAAAUCAUGAA